CGCGAACGGAAAACAGGUGGAAGUGCUUCCCGAAUCGAAAGUGAAACAAAAAACGUGAGCUACAAAAGGCCGUCUGUUUUGGAAGUUGUCGCAAUCGCGAAUCUCGAACGGUGCUGCUGCUGCGGCUGGUGGUGGUGCUGGUUUGAACAAGUGAAGCAACAACAGCAAACAAGCCAAAUCAAGCUUUAAGCCAAGUUAACUGACGGCGAGUGCAGUGAGCGGUGUGGUCAAACACACGCGAGAGCAAAAAUUGUCGACUGCCCACACGACAAGAAACAAAAACCCGAAAAAAGCCAGUCAACGAUAUACGAAAUGAAUAUAUAUAUUUAAAAUUCGUAUAUAAUGUGUGCUUGCAAUAUAUAACAUAAAGUUGAUCAAGCUAAUUAAGAAACGUAUUUAGAAAUAAUUAAAACAAAUACAAAAUGUUAAAAAUGUGUAAUUUUGUGCUUGCAAUCAUAAGUUGUUUACUUUUGCUGGUGCCAGCGUUAACAGCUGCUCAGGGCCUCUAUACCAUAAUUGCGCCGAAUACAGUGAGACCCAACUCGCAGUACCAUGUGGCAGUGAGCAUACACAAGGCAGCGGAGCCCGCCAGAGUUAAAGUUGGCAUUUUGAGCAGUACGUAUACGGAUUUCAAGACCGUCGAAUUGAGGCCCUAUUCAACGCAGCUGCUGCACUUUGAGUUGCCAGCGCUAAAAGCUGAUCGUUAUCGUCUGACAGCGGAGGGCUUGAGCGGCAUUAUCUUCACCAAUGAGACCCAAUUGCACUUUGAGGCCAAACAGCACACGGUGCUGGUGCAAACCGACAAGAGUAUCUAUAAGCCAGGUGAUCUGAUGCAUUAUCGUAUUUUACUGCUCGAUGCGAAUCUGAAACCCGCUCGCGGUUAUGGUCGUGUCAAUGUGGAGAUCCGUGAUUCAGGAAAUAAUCUCAUUAGAAGCUAUAAGGAUAUACGCCUAACGAAUGCCAUCUACUCCAAUGAGCUGCAGUUGUCCGAUUAUCCACGCUUUGGUGACUGGUCCAUAAUUGUCGAUGUGGCCGAGCAGCAGCACAAGCAAAACUUUGAGAUAUUGGAUCACAUAUUGCCAAAGUUUGUGGUGGAUAUUGAUACGCCGCGAAAGGCCAUCUACAAGGAUGGCAAGAUUGCAGCUACUAUAAAAGCGCACUAUGCCUUUGGUCAGCCCAUUGUGGGCGAGGCAACUCUCUCAAUUUACCCGACUUUCUUUGGCUCGCUGCAGCCAUUUGUCAAUGAUUUGAUCACCAGGAAAGUGGUGCCCAUCGAUGGUAGCGCCUAUUUUGAGUUUGACAUUGAGCAGGAGCUGCGACUGAAACAGGACUAUGAGCGACAGUAUCUGUUGGAUGCAUUGGUUGAGGAGCGCUCCACAGGAUCGGUGCAAAACUAUUCCACGGUGCUUACCCUAUAUUUAAAUCACUUUCGCAUAGAGACUGUCAAGCUGCCCAGCUAUUACAUACCAGGCGUGCCUUUUGAGGCCACGGCACGCAUUGCUCGGAACGAUGGUACUCCGUUGAGGGAUUUCAAUCCGGAGAUCACCGCCUAUUUGACAAAUGUUUAUGGCAGCAGUGAAAUGUAUAAUCGAACCGUAUACAGACUGGAUUCACGUGGCGAGAUCAAGAUGAAGUUCACUGUGCCAAUUGGGGAUCGCGAUGAGUUUCAUUCCAUUAUUGUUGACUAUUUGGGUGUUAUUAGCGAAGUAGGCAAAGUGCCGAGAAAAAAUUUGCACACCAAGAAUUACAUAACAGCCAAGGUGCUAAAUGACAAGCCCAUGGUUAACCAGGAAAUUGCUAUUGCUGUGCGUUCCAAUGAGCCCAUGAAAUACUUUAUGUAUCAGAUUGUGGGACGUGGUGACAUUAUACUAUCGCGCACUGUGGAUGUGGCCGAUAAUAAUUAUCAUACCAUCAAGGUUUUGGCUUCAUUUGCGAUGAUGCCACGCGCCAAGUUGCUCGUUUAUAUGGUUGUCAAUGGUGAAUUCGUGUACGAUGAGCAGAUCAUACAAUUCGAGGAGAAUCUCUUGAAUGCUGUGCAAAUUGAGGCGCCGAUUAAAGCACCACCCGGCCAAGAUAUAGACAUAAGUAUCAGCACUAAGCCCUACUCCUAUGUGGGACUCAUGGUUGUCGAUCAAAAUGCGGCAUCGCUACGAAGCGGCCAUGAUCUAACACACGAUCGUUUGAUGGAUGCCCUCUAUGCCUAUGAGCUCAGUGACGUGAAUACGCCCGUGGGUUCGCCCGGCAAAGAAUCUGGAGUUAUAACCAUGUCCAAUACGGAUUACAUUGUGGAGAAGGAGGCAGAGACGACACCAUCGAUAGGACGCGAUAGCGCCACCACCAUGGAAGAGGAUAAAUUAACAGCUGUGCGGAAAACCGAUAUUGGACCUGCGCACAAGAUCGAGGUGAAUACACUGCCACCCGGCAAGGGACGCUAUGCAUUCUCGUAUACCCCGAAACCCUAUUGGCAUAAUCCGAGAGUGCAUGUCAUGCGUGAUCCGGCUGAGACUUGGCUCUUCCUCAACAUCUCGGCGAGCAGCGAUGGUCGCAAUACGAUACAUCGACGCAUACCCAGCGACAUGACCUCGUGGCUCUUGACUGCCUUCACUUUGGACCCAGUCAAUGGCUUGGGCUUGAAUGCGCCCAGCAGCAAACUGGAGGCUUACAAGGAGUUCUACAUAGCCACAGAUCUACCCUACACCAUACGCAAGGAUGAGCUCAUUGCUCUGCCUUUUGUGGUGCAUAAUAAUCGGGAUAGUGAUCUAAGCGUUGAUGUGACCUUCUAUAAUACGGCACAGGACUUUGAUUUUCCAGAACUGGACAUCAAGCAGCUAACUAAGCCCAAACUGGAACUCUACAGUCGUCGCACCAUUCAAGUGCCAGGCAAGUCGGCACGCACCGUCUCGUUCAUUGUGACACCAAGACGUGUGGGUGCACUUCCCGUUAAAGCAGUGGCAGCCACUUCUCAAGCUGGCGACUCUGUGGAACGCACUCUGAUGGUCGAGCAUUCCGGUGCCACGGAGCGUGUUAAUCGUGGCUUCCUCUUCGAGUUGAACUCGAAUGCGCAGAGAAAACAAAAUGUUACCAUUAAAGUACCACGGAAUGCGAUACCCGACUCGACGAGCAUUGAAGUUAGUGCUGUGGGUGAUCUGAUGGGCAGCAUUGUGGGCAAUCUCCAGCAGCUCAUCCGUUUGCCCACUGGCUGCGGCGAACAGACCAUGGUCAACUUUGUGCCCAAUCUAAUGGUGCUGCGUUACUUGGGUCGCCUGCGUCAGCUGACUCCAGAUGUGGAAAUGACUGCAACCAAGAAUUUGGCGGUGGGCUAUCAGCGGUUGCUCUACUAUCGUCAUGAGAAUGGUGCUUUCAGUGCCUUUGGACUGUCUAUUAAGCAAAGCUCCACAUGGUUAACUGCCUAUGUGGCCAGAUCCCUAAAGCAGGCAACGCCCUACAUUCAAGUAGAUGAGCAUGUGCUGCAAACCGCUUUGGCCUACUUGGCCAGCGUGCAGUCUGGAAAUGGUGGCUACGAGGAGAAUGGCGAUAUUUUCGAGCAGUUCGAUGAUGGUGGCAUAAGUUUGACUGCAUUUGUUACCUUGGCCAUGUUGGAGAAUGUGGAAGCUCAUGCCGAGUAUCGGAAUAAUAUUAAUAAGGCGCUGGAUUUCAUCGCCCGUGGCUUGGACACAUCGAGCAAUCUGCAUGCCAUGGCCAUAGGCACCUAUGUGCUCUCACGUGCCAAUCAUAAUGCCAAGGCUGCUUUCCUGCAGCGUCUGGAUUCAAUGGCCACCAAUGCCGAUGGACGCAAAUGGUGGAAUAAGACGGCUCCAGCGACGGAGCAACAAUCUCCUUGGUAUAAUACCACACGUAGUGUCAACAUUGAGAUCUCUGCCUAUGCAGCUCUCACUCUGCUGGAAAACAAUCUCGUGGGCGAUGCUUUGCCAGUGCUGAACUGGCUAAUGGAUCAGCGGAAUGUAUUCGGUGGUUUUGUUGCCUCACAGGACACUGUUGUAGGUCUACAGGCAUUGCUCAUGUUUGCCGAACGCUUCUCCAGUCAGGGAAAUAAUGUGCAGAUAGGUUUUCAUUAUGGCGAGGGUGCUGAGACCAUACUUAAUGUCAACUCGGAGAACUCACUGGCUCUGCAAAGUGUUGAGCUGCCCAGCAAUAUUAAGAACGUGAGUGUUUCGGCUACUGGACGCGGUUUGGCACUGGCCCAGGUGAGCUACAGAUACAAUACGAAUGUGACAAGUGCCUGGCCCCGAUUUGUGCUCGAUCCAACCGUGAAUCGGAAUUCGCAUGCGGAUUAUCUGCAUUUAUCGGCCUGCGCCAGUUUUGUAUCUGUGCCGGGCGAUGCCGAACGCUCCAAUAUGGCUGUGAUGGAAGUGUAUCUGCCGAGUGGCUUUGUCGUCGACACGGAUACACUGCCCACGCUGGAGUCGAGUGAGCGCAUCAAAAAGGUGGAGACACAGCAGCGCGACACCAAAGUCAUCAUCUACUUUGAUUACUUGGACAGGCGGGAAGUGUGCCCCACGUUGCAUGCAUACAAAACGGUGAAGGUGACAAAGCAUCGACCAGUGCCAGUUGUGAUGUAUGAUUACUAUGAUAACGCUCGUCGCGCCAGACAGUUUUAUCGGGCGCCCAAAUCGAAUAUUUGCGAUCUUUGCGAGCAUGCAAAUUGUGGCGACUUCUGUGAGAAGGCCGAGAAACGUGAGUCCCGUCGCCCAGAUGACUAUACGGCCAUAGCAGGUCGUAAUUCAGCUAACAACCAGGCAACAAUAGCAAUGCUAUUGAUGGCCAUAGCUAUUUUAUUACAAUUGCACUGUUAGAAAGAAGAAAACGGAGGUGUUCCAAUCAAGUGGAGCCGACGACAUCAACGGAAGCUUUAACAAAAAACCACUCAUCUAAUUAAUAAGUUAGAUUUAGGAUAAACCGUGAACUAAACCCAACUAAUUUUAACGAUGCUAAAAGUUGCCAAUAAUAAAAACAGUUAACAAUCAUUAAAAGACGUCAACGAAAACUGUGUUGUGGCAUUAUAAAAUA